ACAAGCAACUCUCUGGCCAAACAGAACCGAAACGACGCUGUUAGCUGCAGAUAAGAGGGCGGAGAGUAUCGUUAGCGAUGGACAGCGAGAUGUCUGAUAUAGACCAGACUCCAGCUAUGCACAACACUGUAGUAGAUGGAGAGAAUACUCCUCUCUACUGCAUUUGUCGAAAACCAGACAUAAACUGCUUCAUGAUUGGUUGUGACAACUGCAAUGAGUGGUUCCAUGGUCACUGUAUAAAUGUGACAGAGAAGAUGGCCAAAGCGAUCAGGGAGUGGUACUGCAAACAGUGUCAGGAAUUGGAUCCAUCUCUUUUGAUACGGUAUCGGAAAAAGAACCGUGAUAAAGAUGUUGAGCCAGAGAGAGUUGAAAGACGAUCCAGCACUCCAGAGUACAAGAUUGAUAAGCGACGAGGGUCUAAAGUGAAGCGCUCUGCUCGUAUGUGUGGUGAAUGUGAACCCUGCACUAGGACGGAGGACUGUGGUCAGUGCGACUUCUGUAAAGACAUGAAGAAAUUUGGCGGCCCAAACAAGAUUCGUCAGAAAUGUCGUCUAAGGCAGUGUGUUGUCCGUGCACGGAAAAUGCUGCGUGUUCGAGACGAGGAGUUUUCUCUGUGUGAGAGAAAGGACAAUAUAAUGCACAGGGAUAGACGAUACUCAGAUGAUUAUGAUGAGAACGAUAUGGAGCCAUAUGAGCAUUACAAGGACAGAAAUGCGUCAUGGGGCAGUGAUGAUGAAGACGGCCCACUUUGCAGUCCUGUCCCACGGAAGAAAGCUAUAAAAGUCAAGCACGUCAAGAGGAGAAACAAGAAAUUUGACAAAAAGAAAGAGUCCCGUCGCCACAAGCAGAAACAGAAGCACCGUGAUCGUUUGAGACACAGCGAGAGGGGAGAUGGCAGACACGGAGGAGACAUGCAACAGUGUCUGGGGCCGAACUGUAUCGAGUCAGCACGUCCAAACUCAAAAUACUGCUCUGAGGACUGUGGCAUGAAGCUGGCUGCCAACCGGAUCUACGAGAUCCUCCCGCAGCGCAUCCAGCAGUGGCAGCAGAGCCCCUGCAUCGCUGAGGAACAGGGCAAAAAACAGCUGGAGCGCAUCCGCAGGGAGCAGCAGGCCGCACGGAUGCGCCUCGCCGAGAUGGAGCGCCGUUUCCACGAACUCGAGGGCAUCAUUGCCAAAGCCAAGCAGCAGGUCAUCCAACAGGAUGAGGAUGUGAAUGAAACGGACAGUGAGGACACAGACCUUCAGAUCUUCUGUGUGUCCUGCAGUCACCCCAUCAACCCCAAGGUGGCGCUGAGGCAUAUGGAGCGAUGUUAUGCCAAGUAUGAAAGUCAGACCUCUUUUGGUUCCAUUUUCCCAACCAGAAUAGAAGGGGCGACAAGACUCUUCUGUGACGUUUACAACGCUCAGAGUAAAACAUACUGCAAGAGACUUCAAGUUUUAUGUCCAGAACAUUCCAGAGAUCCAAAGGUCGCAGCAGAUGAGGUGUGUGGAUGUCCACUAGUACGUAAUGUGUUUGAGCCGACUGGAGAGUAUUGCAGGGUCUCGAAACGCAAGUGCAACAAGCAUUACUGCUGGGAGAAGCUCAGACGGGCGGAGGUGGACCUGGAGCGCGUCAGAGUGUGGUACAAGCUGGAUGAGUUGUUUGAACAAGAACGCAAUGUGAGGACGGCCAUGACCAACAGAGCAGGACUCCUGGCCCUCAUGCUCCACCAGACCAUUCAGCAUGACCCACUGACCACUGACCUCCGCAGCAACAAAGACAGAUAGCCGUGUCAAAAAUCAGUGCUGACUUGAAAAAUUUUGUUUAUAUUUGUAUACUUUUCAUAUUGUAUAUUUGUCAGUUUGGAUGAAGUCAUUCUUAUUAAAACACGCUCAUCAUGUGUCUCCUUCAAU